AUGUGGCUCCCUUAUUUUUUGGCCGUCUUUGUCUUGAUAAGCCAGCUCAUUAGUAACCCGUACGCUACCAUCGAUGACUCCAUGGCACUGCUUUGGCUUCCUGGUCAAAUUGAGGGCAACUUCUUGGCGGAUGUGGAGAAAUUUCGAGACGAGAACCCCAUAUCAUCAUUUGCUGGCUAUAUCCAACUUCAAGCUCGUUAUAGGAACCUGCAUGAAGCAGCAAUUUGCUAUUUCGAGGGCCGAUUACACACUCUGCGAGAUCGCCAGUUUGAGAAUCGUGACAGACAGCUACGUAUCCUUGUGAAUCAAGUAAUCGAUCAUAUUCUGCGCCACGAAUCCAUGUCUCGGAAUGAUCUGAAGGAAUGGUGCCAAGUACUCACCAAAACAAUGCAGAACCAUCGCGGAUACAUUACCGUUCCUGUUGCAAUCCUCUAUGCCUUUCACACUCUCCGUCUGAAAAAUUAUGAGGAUGAGGAACUCACGCGGGAAAUCGAACAGAUCACGAAGCGCAUGAUGAAAUUUUUGAGGAAAGAAAAAUGUGCAAUACCCAUAUGGGUCAGGGAGCUCCUCCACGCCAAUUGGGGCCUCGAUUACGAUUUUCGCAUAUGGGGAAUGGAAGAGUUGCUGUUCUCUGAACCAAGGUUGAAAGAUCUAGCAAUGGCAAUGCACAAUAACGACAACGAUUAUAUUGUCAGGAAUCUGGAUGAUAUCUUUAACAACAUCUUUUCGCCUCCACCACCGAAAAACCUAUCUGCUCAAACAAGAGUAGCCUCAAUUGCUGCACUCUUUCAUUUGCUGAGGGGAAAUUAUCGAAUGCAGGCCACUCGACUCAUGGAAUCAUUGAGUUCAGACCACCAGCACUUUUUCUUAUUUGAUCAUGAACUUCAGCUAGUCAACAAGGUGUUGCUUGACCACCACAUGGAACACUCUUCCAUUGUCCAGAUGUAA